AUGCGUACUGCAGCCACCGAGCACCCUGAGAUCAACUUCGUCGCUGUUUCUCAUAGUGAUCAACAGUCAACAGAUGACUGGCUAGGUGCCGUUGGAGGUGCUGGAUCUGUCAGGGUAAUUGUUGAUGCCGACCGUGAGAUUUAUGCAUCAUGGGGUUUGGGGGUCAUUUCCUGGGGCCAUCUUUUCAGUCCAGGGGGGCUGUUGGCAGUCUUCAAGAUGGGUAAAGAGAAGGGAGUUUGGAAUCGGCCAACGGAGAGUGGUAGUAGAUGGCAGUCUAGUGGCCAUUGGGCUGUCGAUGGGGAAGGAUAUGUGCGGUGGGGAGGCCCUGCAGCGAGAGUAGAUGAUAUGGUCAAUAUCGCAGAGGCAAUUAGUGCUUUGCAAGACUCGCGUCAGGACUAA